GAUGGAGAUUUGACUUUGCGGUAUAGUCAAGAUGAGCAAGUAGCAAAUAUAAAUCACUUAAUUAUUUUCAUUUCAGAGUUUACUUUCAGAAUAAUUAUUUUUUUCGUGUUUAAGUACAAGACUUCAUCACGUCAAAGUUUCAGAAGAUCAGACUAAAAUGGAAACCUUUCGUGUUCUCAGUUUGGUAUAUUCAGCAGCUUUUGCUUUGUGUCUUGUCGUUUCGGUUCUUGCACAAGACCAAUCAGGUUUUAUAAGCAUCGACUGUGGAAUCCCAAGUGGAUCAUCCUACAAAGACGACACAACGGGCAUAAACUACGUUUCAGAUUCAUCCUUUGUCGAAACCGGAGUCUCCAAAUCUGUUUCCUUCACAGCUCAAAGACAGCUUCAAACACUGAGGAGCUUUCCCGAAGGUGCAAGAAACUGCUACACGCUGACACCAAAGCAAGGGAAAGGCAAGAAGUACCUCGUAAGAGCUGGUUUCAUGUACGGAAACUACGACGGAGAGAAUGGUUCUCCCGAGUUUGAUCUGUAUCUCGGUGGAAACAUCUGGGACACUGUCUUUCUCACCAAUGGAUCGGUCGUUGUAUCCAAAGAAGUCGUUUACUUGAGCCGAACAGAGAAAAUCUUUGUCUGUUUGGGAAACAAAGGCAAAGGAACUCCAUUUAUGUCGACGCUAGAGCUUCGGUUUCUCGGGAACGACAAUACGACGUAUGAUUCUCCAAACGGUGCUCUCUUCUUCUCCAGACGCUGGGACUUUGGCUCUCUUAUGGACUCACCCGUCAGAUACGAUGAAGAUGUUUUCGAUCGAAUCUGGAUACCUAGAAACUUUGGAUACUGCAGAGAGAUCAACACCUCACUACCUGUUCUCUCAGACGAUAAUAGUUACAAUCUUUCAAGUUUGGUGAUGAGCACAGCGAUGACUCCAACGAACACAACGAACCCCAUCGCAAUGACUUUAGAAAACAGCGAUCCAAACGUCAGGUACUUUGCUUACGUUCAUUUCGCCGAGGUAGAAGAUCUUAGUCUCAGACCGAACCAGACCAGAGAGUUCGAUAUCCGAAUCAACGGAGUCACAGUUCAUGCUGCCUUCAGUCCCAAGUAUCUUCAGACAAACACUUUUGUUCUAAACCCUGAGAGCCAAACUGAUAUUGUGUUUUCGCUAGUGAGAACGUCCAAGUCCACUCUUCCACCAAUUAUUAACGCACUAGAGAUCUACAUCGCAAAUAGUUUCUCGCAAUCUCUCACUAACGAAGAAGACGUCAACGCGGUUACGGGUGUAAAGACAAGCUAUAAAGUGAAGAGAAACUGGCAAGGAGAUCCUUGUAUGCCUAAUGACUACCUUUGGGAAGGACUUAACUGUAGUUAUGAUAGUCUUACUCCUCCAAGAAUCACAUCACUGAACUUAUCUUCUAGUGGGUUAACGGGCCUCUUAUCACCGUCCUUCUCCAACCUCACAAUGAUUCAAGAGCUAGACUUAUCAAACAAUGGCUUAACCGGAGAGAUACCAGAGUUUGUGUCAAGACUGAAUUUCUUGAGGGUUUUAUAUCUAGAGAAAAACAAGCUAACAGGUUCAGUUCCAUCCGAGUUAUUAGAAAGAUCAAAGACUGGAUCACUCACCUUAAGGGUUGGGGAGAAUCAGGGACUCUGUACCGAGAUUUCUUGCGGAAAAAGCAACAAGAAAACACUAGUGAUCGCCCUUGUCGCAUCAUUGUUCAUUCUCCUUUUACUCUCUGGUGUGUUUUGGAAGAUCAAGAACCGAAGGAAGAAGUCUGUAAACUCUGCGGUUGUGAAGGCAAAAUCAGAGAACAAGUUACUGUUUACAUAUGAAGACGUUGUGAAGAUGACAAAUAACUUCGGUCGUGUCCUCGGCAGAGGAGGGUUUGGAACAGUCUACCAUGGCUACUAUAACAACAUUCAAGUCGCUGUUAAACUUCUAUCAGAAACAUCAGCUCAGGGAUUCAAAGAGUUUCGCUCUGAGGUUGAAGUUCUUGUGAGGGUUCAUCAUGUAAACCUCACUGCACUCAUCGGUUACUUCCACGAAGCUGAUCAAAUGGGGUUGAUCUAUGAGUUCAUGGCUAAUGGAAACAUGGCUGAUCAUCUCUCUGGAAAGUAUGACCAUAUGUUGAGCUGGAGACAAAGGCUUCAGAUUGCACUCGAUGCAGCACAAGGUCUUGAGUAUCUUCACUGUGGAUGCAAACCUGCGAUAGUUCACAGAGAUGUGAAGACUUCGAACAUAUUGUUGAACGAUAAGAACAGAGCUAAGCUUGCAGAUUUUGGACUCUCGAGGAGUUUUCAGACAGAGAGUCGUUCUCAUGUCUCAACUCUAGUCGCUGGAACUCCUGGAUAUCUCGAUCCGCUAUGCUUUGAGACAAAUGGGCUAAACGAGAAGAGUGACAUUUACAGUUUUGGAGUUGUUCUGUUGGAGAUGAUUACAGGCAAGACUGCGAUCAGUGAGUCGCAGAGGAAACGUGUUCAUGUGAGUGAUUGGGUGAUAUCGAUUUUGAAGUCUACUAAUGAUGUGAACAAUGUUAUAGAUUCCAAAAUGCCUAAAGAUUUUGAUGCGAACUCUGUUUGGAAAGUUGUGGAGCUUGCUUUGGCUUCUGUUUCACAAAACGUUUCUGAGAGGCCAAACAUGCAACAGAUUGUUAAAGGACUGAAUGAGUGUCUUCAAAGAGAAGAGUGUGACAAGAAUUAUUGAUGUCAACACCACAAAUGUGUAGAAGUAAAGGGGUUGGAAAUGAAAAAAUGUGGAAAAUUUGGAGGUGUUUUUGUAAGUUUGUGCUGUGUAUCUUAAAGCCCUAAAAUAGUUGAAUAAUGAGUAAUUCUCAUGUUGUGACUUGUGAUGCAAACUUCUCAGAAGAUUGGUUCUCUUGUUUGAGGGAUAAAUCUGCGGUGUUACAUGGCAGUUUUGGAAGCCCAUAUAUCAAUUUACCGGGCCAACAAUAAAAGUUUUGGAAGCCCAUAUGGUUUGCUUUCAAGAAACAAAGGAAAAGUAAAAUGAGGGAGAGAAGAAGAUGGUGACAGGGAGACAAAGACCCAAUACCGCGUGGUACCCACGUACUUUUUGCAACAAAACGCAGAUUCCUUUGGACUUUUGAGACGCACGGUCUGUGCCGCUGUCCCUACAAAUCUUCUGUUUAACUCACGCGAUCGCUCACUCCACGGCUUCGUUUUCAAAACGUGCUUUUUGUUAUCGCGCAACAUGAAUGAUUCACAGCGCGAGUUCGGUGUUUCUUCGCACACGCGCGCGUCUCGUAGCGUCUAUCUCUGAUUUUGGGUUGACGUCAGACAAAUUUAGUUUUGUCUUACUUGUACAUUUUAAAAUAAAAAAACUCUUGAACACAAAAACUUCGUAAACAUUUAUAGUAUGGGACAAAGAUACUCCCACCUUAUUAGUUACUCCCUCAGUAUUUUUUUAUUUGACGUUUUCCAGCUUUGCACAAACAUUAAAAAAAUUGAUACAAUUUCUAUUUUAACCUUUUCAAUUGCUUUAGAUUGACUAAAGAUGCUAGAAGUCACGUUAAUAUUACAAGGGUAGAAACAUCAACUUCUAUCAUUAUUUGCAUUGAACUCCGUAAACGUCAAGUAUAUUGACACAAAAAAAAAUCACUAAAACGUCAACUAUUCCCGAACGAAGGGAGUAUUACUUUAAGUGGUGUUUGGAAGAAAAAAAUUUGUUUCAAAAUAAUUGAUUUUUUCAUUAUUUUAGAUAGAAUUUAGUAUCAUUUAAACUUUGUGAACAAUUACAAAAUAAUAUUUUUUUCCUUAUUGGUUGAAUUAAUUUCAUUUAAUGAUAUUUUUAUGUAGCCAAGAUAAAUUGUAUAGAAGUUUGUAUUUUCUUAAUCCAAGUGCAAAAAUCUUAAAAAUCACUUAAAUUGAUACAUAAGAGGUUAUACUUAAUGCAUGUGAUUAACUAACAGAGAUUAAUGUUCCAAUUGUAUUUGUAUGAUUAUGUGUAUGUGUAUGAUAUUUCUAAACAAUCAUGGUAGAAGUUAAGAGCACCUCCAACCUCACUCUAUUUUUCACUUUAAAAUAGAGUUUAUAGUAAAAAAUAUUCUAAUUGUACUCUAUUUCUCACUCUAUAAUAGAGUGAAAAAUAGGUUUACUUCAAAUAUAGAGUAAUUUGUUUUUUUUUGUUCAUCACUCUAUUUUCUACUCAAAAAUAGAGUACCAUUGGAGCAAACUCAAAUUCUAUUAUAGAGUAAAAAAUAGAGUGAGACAUUGGAGAUGGUCUAAUAGUACAUUGGUUGAGAAUUGAUGAUAUUAUGUGCAAUGGAUUUGAUUGAUUGAUUUAUACAUUUGUAUUGAUAUGUCAACAACUCCAAGAAUUGUACUGGCUGUGUGACUAGCUAGAGUCCGAUAUUAUUUGCAACUCCAAGUUAAGUAGUACAUUGGUUGAGAAUUGAUGAUAUUAUGUGCAAUGGAUUUGAUUGAUUGAUUUAUACAUUUGUACUGAUAUGUCAACAACUCCAAGAAUUGUACUGGCUGUGUGACUAGCUAGAGUCCGAUGCGUUAACCUCUUCUCUGGCUGAUAACUUUAUUGGUUAAUUUCAAAGAGAAGAGAACAAAAUUCAAAAGAAAGAAAAGGGCCAAAAAGUGGAAAGGGUUGCACAUAAAUAGAAUAGGUCAAAUAUUUAGACAAAAACUCAAUGAAUAACCCACUAAAUGUCACUGUCAAACUAGAAAAAAAAUAGUUAUAAUAUUCAGUCUGUAAUGAUAAUAAUGAGUGAUGUUGAAAAUAAUAAAAGCCAAUUCUACCUGGGACUGAUAUAACUACGACUACAACGACCUCUCUCCAUCCCCAUAGGUUGGAUAAUAGCUGUCAGAUUAUGAAAGAAAAAUAUCAAAUGGUUACCACGAGGGUAGUAUCAUCACUAGGAAAUUUAAUUUCUUAUUGGUAUAGUAAGUAAUAGUCCUAAGUAAUAAGGAGUAGUGAUUACUAUUUUUAUUUAUUUUUAUAUAAGUAGUGAUUUUUUUUUGGAGCAACUUAUAUAAGUAGUGAUUGUAAUGGAGUAUUCUGUAUUCACUGUUUUAUUUUCUGAACAGUGGAAGACAUCUUUUAAAAAAUCAACGUGAAUAUUAAUGUUUUCGUAACUUUGAUAGAUUGCUAAAUGUCAAACACAGUUUAGUUAUUCCGGGUGAAACAAAAUGCAACUAGUCUGCUCAUUUAGGAAGAAUAAGUCUUUUACUCUUUAGUCAUCUGUUACAAUUCAACCAUUAAAAAUAGUUUGCACAUUUGUCAAAUGGUAGGUGGUAGUCUGGUAGAUGAUAAUGUUGAAGAUCUGAUUUAUAUAAGGUAACUACUCCAUCGGAAACUUCAUUGAAGAGCGGUGUCCAAAGAAGGUAAAGGAAUAAUGUAUGGAUUGUAUACUUAAAUUAUGGGACAUCAUUUAAAUCUGAAGCCCUAUGCAUUUAACUGAAGAUAUACAAUCCCAACGUCUUUAUUGAAACUCUGGUUUGGGGUUGAGACUUUUAGGAAUAAACUAACUAACUUGCUUUGAUAAGUCCAGCUCAACAAAAUUAUAGACCACCACAAGUUUGAAACUAGCUACUAAUCUAAAAAACUUAGUAGUAUUUUGUAAGGAAAAAAGUUUCUCAGCUACACCAUGUUUAGUAUAAUACUAGGUGAUUUUUCCGUGCUCAUGCACGGAUAUAAAUAUUUCUAAAGUAAAUAUCUAUAAUAAUUGAUUGCUAUUUACUUUUAAUUUUAAAUUAAUUUAUAAUUUGUAUGCAUCAUUUAUAUUAAUAAUAUUAUAUUACUUUAAUUAUACAUAUGAUUUUUUAUAUGUUAUAUCUAAUCGGUUUUGUUGUUUUUACAGUCAAUUUAGUUAUCAUUUGGGUAAAUUAGAUUGCAUCUCUGAAUUCAAUUGUAAUAUUUUUUUAUUCUAUAUAUUAAAGUUUUGAUUAAUUUCUUAUUUGUAUUUAGGUGGUUGUUGUCUUAGAUAUGUAAAUAUACUUUAUGAAGAUUAUGUAUAACUUAAGAUAUAUCGUGCUUAGAAUGAAAUAAAAAAAUAAACUAAAGUGUAUGAUUUCAAAUUACAUAAAUUAAUUUAACAAUAAUAUUCUGAAGUCUCAUGCAUAUAUAUAAAUUUUACCAAAAAAAACUAAAUUGUAACAGUUGGUUAAAAUUUCAUUUUCAUUUUUAAUAUGUUUUGAGUUGUCCUAUGAUUUAUAUUUAUAAAAUAAAUUACUAAUCUUAUAAAAUUAUAUAUUCUUAUCGUAGUUAAAUCUAUGAUUUUAUAUAUAAGUUGGAUUAGUCGAAUCACUCAUAUUAUGAAUAUAUUGAGUUAUAUAUAUUCUUUCAAAUUCAAAAUGAAGUAUAAUUCUUUUUAUUAUAAUUAAGUCAAAUCAAGUUAAUUUUAUUUAUCGUUUAAAUGUGCAUGUAUUUUCAUAAUAUUUAUCAAAUUAUAUGUUGAUGUUUUUUAAAAGAAUAUUAAAAAUAAAGCGGUGAUCAAUAGGAACUUACAUGCAUAUGUAGUUGAUACAUUUUUGGAAUCUCAUGAACACAUAUCAAUAUU